AUGAAAAAUUAUGUUCGACUAUUGUUACUCCUGCUCGGUAGUUCCGUAGCAUUCAAACGUUUUCUAGGAUCAGAAGGAAGCGCUAUUCUGACCACUACGUGCGUUUCAUUCUUCGCACUGGUGGGCUUCCUAUUUUUAUUUCGAAUUUAUUACUUUCGUUUGAAAGGACCACUGAGGGAGAUUCUCAAUCUCUUCUUGGUCUUUUCCGCUGGGUUCGUGGGAUCUUUGAUACGGAUCGAAGUCAUCCACCUAGUGAGUCCGGCUUUGCCCCUGUUGGGGCCCUUUCUAUGGUAUGCUGUGACGGGUUCGUCUGGGGAGGUAGUGAAUCACCAAACCGAGGCCUCUUCUCAGUGGUUUACGUAUACUUCCGACAUGCUGGAAGAUUCGGCCAGUUCCGGGCGUAGCUCGUCGGUCAAUCAACCGAUUCAGAGGGAACAGGCUGGGCCAUCCAAUGCCUUUCCCGCCCCCCAACCCACCGCUGCCCCAGCAGCUCAACAGCAGAAUCACCUAGAUCAACCAGCUGGGGAAAGGGAGGCUAGGGCGCAAGAGCACGCCCGCAUCUCUGCGGAGAUCGAAAGGAUUAUGGCGGCCUGCGAGAAUGAGGAGGCGGCCAUGAUACGCAAAGCCCACAACCUCUUGCAUCAACUUGGCAUAACUCUCGAGGAUGCAGAGGAUGUCAAGCGUGCUCUCCAGUUGGCUCUCCAUGACGACUGGGAGCACGAUAUCGAUGACCGUAAGAGGCAUUUCACGGUGCUCAGACGCAACUUCGGAACAGCUCGCUGUGAAAGAUGGAACUCUUUCAUUGAAGAGCUCCGGGGUUUGGGUAACCAUCAGGUAAAUGCCCGGCAUUAUCUAGACUGA